AUGAUAAAAAUAACAGUAUUUGUACUUAAUGGAUUUUUUUCAUUUUCUCAAUCACAAAAACGUUUUAUGCCGAUGGGAGAGUAUCGUGUAGUAUUUGAAAAAGUAUAUCCAUGCGAAUCAACAAAAAACCAUUUAUUAUUGGCUAACUUUUAUUUUAAUAAAAAGAUAUUAAAUUCAACUGAAUUGCAAGGGAAUUUAACAGUGUUGGUACCUUUUGACGAUACUUUUACAUUUGAUUUAAACUUUAUCUCUUGGGGUUCAACUGGUGGUUGGAUACCAAAUUCAAAUAUGUUAAUAACAAAAACAUGUAGUGCUUCUAAAAAACUCGAUGGAAAUGCAUGGAAUUCUGUUAUGAAGAGUUUUAACUUUCCAGAUGUUACCUGUCCAUUACCAGUGGGUGAAUACGUUACAUCAGGGCUUCACUUGAAGAUACUUGAAGACCAUAGCUUUCCCAAAAUAUAUUUUUAUGGAAAAUAUAAAUUGGUGUUUAAGGUGAAAAAUAUAGAAAAUAAAAUAUUUGGCUGUGAGUCUUUGGAGAUUAGUCUUAUACGUCCAUGGGAAACACCAAUUUGA